UGUGUCGCGGAAGCGCCGACCGGCUAGAAGGUCCCCGGGAGGCGGGACCUCCGAGAGGCUCGGCGCUGAGCCUGGCUAGGGCCAGGUACUUGCCUUUCCGCUGGAGCAAAGUCUGUCUGGCUCCUCCACUCCUCUCCCGCCACGAGGGGAUGCAGCUCCCGGAAAGUGAAUUAUACUUUAAUGUAUUACUACAGGUUGUAUACUACGGAUGGGAACUAUUAAAGUUUAUAAUGUCAAAAACUUUUCUUAGACCAAAGGUAUCUUCUACAAAGGUAACAGACUGGGUGGACCCAUCGUUUGAUGAUUUUUCAGAGAAUACAGGCAUCUCUAUUACUGCCACAUCAUUAGGUGUGAAUAACUCAAGUCACAGAAGGAAAAAUGUGCCUUCCAGAUUAGACAAUAGCAGAUUUCCAGCUAGAAAAAGAGAAAAGCCAUCUUCCUCAGAAAAGACUUAUGGUCUUGAGAAUUCAAAAGAAUAUCUGUCUGAAAAUGAACCAUGGGUGGAUAAAUACAAGCCAGAAACUCAGCAUGAACUUGCUGUGCAUAAAAAGAAAAUUGAAGAAGUUGAAACCUGGUUAAAAGCUAAAGUCUUAGAAAGGCAACCAAAACAGGGUGGAUCUAUUUUAUUAAUAACAGGUCCUCCUGGAUGUGGGAAAACAACAACUCUAAAAAUACUAUCAAAGGAGCAUGGUAUUCAAGUACAAGAGUGGAUUAAUCCAAUUUUACCAGACUUCCAAAAAGAUGAUUUCAAGGAGAUACUUAAUCCUGAAUCCAGCUUCCAUGUGUUUCCCUACCAGUCUCAGAUAGCAGUUUUUAAAGAGUUUCUACUAAGAGCAACAAAGUAUAACAAACUACAAAUGCUUGGAGAUGAUCUAAGAACUGAUAAAAGGAUAAUUCUCAUUGAAGAUUUACCUAACCAGUUUUAUCGAGAUUCUCAUACUUUACAUGAAAUUCUCAGGAAAUAUGUGCACACUGGUCGAUGUCCUCUAAUAUUUAUAAUUUCUGACAGUCUCAGUGGAGAUAAUAAUCAGAGGUUGUUGUUUCCCAAAGAAAUUCAGGAAGAGUGUGCUAUAGCAAACAUUAGUUUUAACCCUGUGGCACCAACAAUUAUGAUGAAAUUUCUUAAUCGAAUAGUGACAGUGGAAGCUAACAAGAAUGGAGGAAAUAUUACUGUCCCUGAUAGACGUUCUCUAGAGUUGCUCUGUCAAGGGUGUUCUGGUGAUAUCCGAAGUGCAAUAAACAGCCUCCAGUUUUCUUCUUCAAAAGGAGAAAACCGUUUAUGGCCAAGGAAGAAAGCAUUGUCUUCAAUAAAAUCAUCUGCUGCACUGUCAAAAUCAAAACAAAGGAAAAAAACUGAUAGGGUUUUUGAAAACCAAGAGGUCCAAGCUAUUGGUGGCAAAGAUAUUUCUCUUUUUCUCUUCAGAGCUCUGGGGAAAAUACUAUAUUGUAAAAGAGCAUCUUUAGCAGAAAUAGAUUCUCCUCGGUUGCCUUCGCAUUUAUCAGAGUAUGAGCGGGAUACCUUACUUGUUCAACCUGAGGAAGUAGUAGAAAUGUCACACAUGCCAGGAGAGCUGUUUAAUUUAUAUCUUCACCAAAACUACAUAGAUUUCUUUGUGGAAGUAGAUGAUCUUGUCAGAGCCAGUGAUUUUCUGAGUUUUGCAGAUAUCCUCAGCAGUGACUGGAAUACACGGUCUUUACUCAAUCAAUAUAGUAUAUCCAUAGCUACAAGAGGUGUGAUACAUUCCAACAAAGCCCGAGGAUUUGCUCAUUGCCAAGGAGGAGGAUCAAGUUUUCGACCCUUGCACAAACCCCAGUGGUUUCUUAUAAAUAAAAAGUAUCGGGAAAAUUGCUUGACAGCAAAAGCACUUUUUUCUGACUUCUGCUUACCAGCUUUAUGCCUCCAAACUCAGCUGUUGCCAUACCUUGCCUUGCUAACCAUUCCAAUGAGAAAUCCAGUAUUUAUCAGUCCUGUUCAAGUUGACUAAUUCUUUCUUCAGCCAGUUCAAAUCUACUCUUGAGCCCCUGUAGUGAGUCACUGUUCUAGGUGAGUGCUAAAGUGUAAGUAGCCUCUGAUCAUCAUGGCUGGGACCUUCACAGUGUGGACCCACUUCCCUAAAGGAACUUGGGUGAGGGCCAUUGUAGUUCAAGGAGGAAGCAGGAUUCUCAGCCUGCUGUUCUAAUAGGAUAGAGCUUUCAUGCUUUAGGUUGGAGAAAGGGAGUCCUGAAUUUUUGGCUAGCCACAGGAGGGAAGGAGUCCUAUGGGUCCUUGGCUGCACCCACCUAGCGUGAAGUCUCUCUAAAGCUAAAGAAGCAAUGGAGUGAGUCCUGGUUUAAAUGCCACAGACUCUUGUUGUUAGAUUUUCCUGAAUAAAUGUUUUUUCAGAAUAUAAAAAUUUAUCAUCUUAAACCAUUUUUAAGUAUGUAGUUCAGUGGAGAUGAGCGUAUUCACUUUGUAAAACCAAUCCCUAGAACUUUGUAAUCUUGCAAAUUUGAAACUACACACGUUAAACACUACCUCCCACUCCCUGCCCACCACCUAUCUUCUCUUUCUGAAUUUGAUUACUUUAGGUACCUCACCUAAGUGGACUCAUGCAAUGUUUGUCCUUUUGUGACUUACUUCUCACAGCAUGGCAUCAAAGUUCAUUUGUAUUACAGUAUAUGUCAGGGAGCCAAUUUGGCUCAGUCAUUUAAGCAUCUGAUUCUUGGUUUUGGCUCAGGUCAUUAUCUGAGGGUCAUGAGAUGGAACCCCACUUCGAGCUCCACACUGGCUGUGGAGCCUGCCUAAGAUUCUCUUUCUCCUUUCCCUCUAUCCCUCUCCCCCCACAAAAUAAAAUAAUAUAUAUUUAAAAUUAUAUGUAUCAGAAUUUCCUUUUUAAGGUUGAAUAAUACCACAUUGUGUGUAUAUACCACAUUUUGUUUAUCCAUUCAUCUGCUGAUGGAUGUAUAAGUUGUCCACCUUUUGGCUAUUGUGAAUGAUGCUGUUAUGAACAUGGGUGUACAAAUACUUUUUGAGACUGUGCUGUCAGUUCUUUUGGGUAUAUACCCAGAAAUGGAAUUGCUAAGUCAUACAGUAAUUCUGUAUUUAAUUUUUUAAGGAACUGCCUUACCAUUUUCCACAGCAGUUAUACCAUUUUACAUUUCCACUAACAAUCCCCAAGGGUUUCACUUUCUGCACAUCUUUGUGAAACUUCUUUUUCUUUUUUUUUUUUUUUUAAUAAUAGACAUCGUAAAGGAUGUGAAAUGGUGUCCUGUGGUUUUCAUUUGAAUUUUCCAGAGUAUUCAUGAUUUUCAUGUGCUUGU